AUGCCUUGCGACCAAAUCAAGCUAAACAAUGGGUUAUGGAUGCCGCUUGCGGGGUUUGGUCUCUGGAACAUCGAUAAAUCCGCCUGCGCAGAGGCAGUAUACAAUGCCAUAAAAGAAGGUUACCGCUGCUUCGACGGCGCAUGUGAUUACGGAAACGAACGCGAAGCCGGCCAGGGCAUCGCACGAGCAAUCCAAGAAGGACUAGUAAAGCGAGAGGAGCUAUUCAUCGUCUCCAAACUCUGGGGAACCUUCCACGCCCGCGAUCAAGUCGAACCCAGCGCCCGCAGACAACUCGCAGACUGGGGCCUCGACUCCUUCGAUCUCUACCUGGUCCAUUUCCCCAUCGCCCUGAAAUACGUCGAUCCAGAGGAGCGGUAUCCUCCUGGUUGGGCAGCAGUGGGCUCGAAGUCCGUGGAGACAGCGCGGGUCCCAAUUCAUGAUACCUGGAGGGGGAUGGAAUCACUGGUUGAUGCGAAGCUGGCCCGGGGCAUCGGCGUGAGUAAUUUUAGCAUCCAGCUGCUGAGGGAUCUGCUGUGCUACGCGCGGAUCGCGCCGGCGGUGCUGCAGAUCGAACAUCAUCCGUACCUGGUACAGUCUCGGCUCGUUGGUUUUGCGCACCAGCAAGGCGUGGCAGUCACGGCCUAUUGCUCCUUUGGACCCCAGAGCUCUGCGGCAGCCCAGUCAAUGAGUGCAGCCGAGGUGGCGCCACUUCUGGAACACCCCUUGAUUACCUCCGUCGCGCGACGACAUGGUAAGACCUCGUCGCAGGUCCUCCUGCGGUGGGCGACUCAGCGCGGUGUUGCGGUCAUUCCGAGAAGUGGGAGAUCGUUGCAUAUGCGGCAGAAUCUAGAUAUGCAGUGGCAGCUUACUGAGCUUGAAAUCCAAUCAAUUAGUGAUUUGAAUGAGGGGAGGAGAUUCAAUGAUCCUGUUGCGCACGGAUACAAUGUUCCAAUCUUUGAUUGAGUGAGUGUCCUGUGUUCUUGACUCAGGAACUGGAAGGGAUUAUUGGACACUAUGAUAUUACCUGCAAACCCGGUCUAGAUCUUAU